AUGGCAUAUAAAAACACGGCCUUGCACUACGCAUGUUCGAACGGUCACGUGGAAGCGGUACAGCUACUCCUAGAGAAGAAGGCGGACGUCAGUCUGACCAACACCUACAACAACUCCGCCCUUGACCUAGCCAUUGAUAACCUCCAUCAGGAUGUUGUGAUGAUAUUUGACUACCAGUACAUUGACCCAGGCCCCGAUGACGCCAGCAGUCAGCGCAACAGAUAUCUAGCUCUUAAUACGAUGGUCCACCAUGGGCGGGAUGUUCUCUUGUCACAUCCACUCUGUCAGAACUUACUCUUCCAGAAAUGGGUCAGAUUCGGUCGGUCAAUGUUCAUCAUCAACCUGCUGACCUACAUCGGCUACCUGACCUGUCUGACUGCCCUGGUGGUCAUCAAAUACCAGGACUGCCCCCCCAGCCACACUAACAUCUCUACCACAAACUGCAAAUUGGAGGAAACGGAAAUGGGUGAAUCACUUCCGGUUUAUAGAAGUGGUAGUGAUGAUAAUAGUAGUAAAUGUCUUCAGUCACCGUUAACUUGUCUGAGUCGGCCUCACCCACAGUAUGCCACCCAGCGAAUCUUAACAGUCUUCCUCUACGUAUUUGUCGCCGUAUUCUUCGUCAGAGAUUUCAUCAAAAUCCUAAGUCAGAGAUGGCGUUACAUCUUGAACAUUUACAACACAAUCGUGUGGCUGCUGAUGCUGGCUACUGUUUCCUUCCUCUUCGACUCGCAAUUCUUUGAUAGGUGGAGGGCUGCCUGGGUGGCUAUGUUCCUUGCCUGGAUAAAUUUCAUCAUGUACCUGAGAAGGAUUGAUUUCUUGGGGAUUUACGUCAUCAUGUUUGUUUCAGUUCUAACCAGUUUGGUGAAGGGUUCUUUUGAGGACAUAUUCACGUCAAUCAUCAGCGUCCUGAUAAUGACCCUGGGAGAGGUCAACUACCUUGAACUGAAGCAGGCACUGACCAUUUUCCGGGUUGACGGUGACGUCCUCAUCAUCAUCUUCGUCUUCCUCAUGCCAAUCGCUUUGAUGAAUCUCAUGAUAGGUGUAGCAGUUGGCGACAUUGAGAAGAUUCAACGAAAUGCUUACUUGAAAAGAAUCGGCCUGCAGGUCGACUUGAUGUACAACAUCGAGAACAACAUGCCGAGGUUGUUGCAGAAAAAAUUCCACAUCCGGCGGACAGCCAUCAAGCCAAAUGAGGAGCCAGAACACACAAACCUAACCUGCUUCGGUCAGCGUCGGAAGGUGCAGUUCAUCGAGGCGGAGAAGAAGGACAAGACGACCUCCAGACUGGAAUCCCUCAUCGAGAAGACACAAGCCCAACAGCAGAGCAUAAAGGUCCUGACCAUGACCUUGCAACAGCAGAACAUCCUCCUACACGAGAUAGCCCGCAAAUUUGAAGUCUCCUACCCACACACCGGCAUCACAAGUCAUCUGGGCUUUGGAGGAGGUGGCGGUCCCCAUGGUGGUGCUGGCGGGUUUGUCUACAACCGCCCAACAAGUUAUUUAUGGGACAGCCAGUCUCUUUAUCCCUCUUACAAGCUUGGCAACAAUGCCUCCAACCCCGUAACUCCAGAACCUUCGGUGGCUGGCCAGCCAAGCUUUGCGACCACCAUCCAGCCACCACACCAGCCAAAAAUGUUGAUUCCCGAGUCGGUCUCGGUUUACCAGAAUGUGAAUCUGGACGGAGUCGACAGGUGGCGAAAGCGUUCGAUCAGACCGACCAAGAACGUCGUCAUUGUCGGCGAUUUCGUGUGUCCUACGUUCGAUGACGACAAGCCGAAGACUUACAUUUGA